CGUUUGGGGGCCUUGCUGAAACCGCGCUCAACUGCCGGACAUAACACUCGUUCACAAACUCUCCUCGCAAGUGCUCAACGUAAUUUUCAUAUAGUUUUUAAUAUUUAUUAUUAUUUUUUUAUUGACAUAUAACUCGGUCACUGUGUCGUGAUUUUUCUUCUAUAAUUUUGACAUGUAAUUAACUUUUUCUUAUUUUAAAAAACAACAACAACAACAGGACUUUCAUCAUCUAGGAUUGUGUUGUUGCAUGAAGUGUAAUUUAUAAGUUUGUUUUUGGCUGGUCCUAUUGUUUGUGAAGAAUAAAAAAAUAUAAUUAUUGUUUUUAACUAUAAAAUAAUUAUCUUUGGAUUUGGUGAUUUUAAUUUUAUUAAUUUUUAUCAUGCAGAUGACAUUUUAUUAUGAUUAGAAAGUUUUUUUUAUAAUCGGGGUCAUAUGUGAAUUCCUUUGGAGUCAAUUGAGUGAAGUGGAAUUUAAGAUAAUAUGUGAGUGAAUAAUUAUUCAUCAGUUGAAUAAAUAAUAAUAUACAUGUUUUAAUUAUACUGAAUGUGUUUUUUUUUUUUUUAAAAAAAGUGUGGUUUAUUUUUUUUUAUUUUUUCGGAGUGAGUCAUUGUAAUUUACAAAAAAGAUAUCUGGUGCAGUGAAUUGUUGGUUUUUUUAUAUUUUUAUUUAUUUGGAAUUAAUUAUAAUGAGGCUAUAAUGAACCGACCAAUUGUGGCUGGUGAUGUCCUGGAUGGUGAAGGAUUCAAGCCACGUUUUUUACGGGGUUCGGAUCCCAGAGUGGCAACAUGUCGUGGAAAAUUACAAAAUAAACGUAGUAAACUUAAUCAAGAAAUAAAUAAAGAACUUCGUCUCCGUGCUGGAGCUGAAAAUCUAUUCAAAGCAACGACAAAUCGAAAAUUGAAGGAAACAGUAGCACUUGAAUUGAGUUUUGUUAAUUCAAAUUUACAAUUAUUAAAAGAACAACUUGCUGAGUUAAAUAGUUCAGUUGAACUUUAUCAAAAUAUCGAUGGAACUGAGCUGAUUAUGCCAAUGAUCCCAUUGGGACUAAAAGAAACGAAGGACAUUGAUUUUUCUGAUCCAUUUAAGGAUUUUAUACUGGAGCAUUACAGUGAAGAUGGUGAAAAUUAUGAAGAAGCAAUUGCUGAACUUAUGGAAACAAGACAGGCAACAAGAACACCAACAAGAGAUUCUGCUGGAAUAGCAUUGCUUUUGCGUUAUUACAAUCAGCUAUAUUUUAUUGAACGUAGAUUUUUUCCACCAGACAGAAGUUUAGGUAUAUAUUUUGAAUGGUUUGAUUCAUUAACUGGUGUACCAAGUUGUCAACGUACAGUUGCAUUUGAAAAAGCAUCUGUAUUAUUUAAUGCUGGUGCAUUAUAUACACAACUUGGUGCAAAACAUGAUCGUAGAACAAUAAAAGGACUUGAUCAAGCUGUUGAUUCAUUUUUACGUGCUGCUGGUACAUUUAGAUAUAUACAUGAAAAUUUUACAAAUGCACCAAGUAUGGAUCUUGGUCCAGAUAUGCUUGAUAUGCUUGUACAAUUAAUGCUUGCACAAGCACGUGAAUGUUUAUUUGAAAAACUUGAAUUACAAUCAAGAGAUAAUAAAAAUAUUGAUGUAUUAUUUGAUCUUGCACAAGAAGCAUCACAAGUUGCUGCUGUUUAUCAUGAUGUACAUGCAUUAAUAUCAAGAGAACCAGUUAGAGAUUAUGUACCUGAAUCAUGGGUAUCAUUGAUACUUGUUAAAAAAGAACAUCAUCUUGCAUUAUCACAUAAACAUUGUGCUGCUGGUUUAUUAGAUAGACCAAUUAAUGAAUUUAGAGUUGAAACUAAAUUAACACUUGAACAUAUACAACAAAGUGAUGGAAAAACACAAAUUGAUUAUACAGUGCCAAAGGAUGAUAUUGAAAGACAAUCUCUUGGAAGAGCUCAUUUAAGAGAAGCUCUUGUACUUCAUGAAGAGAGUCAACGAUUACAACGUAUGUGUCGUGAAUUAAAAAAUAAACCAUCAUUAUCAAAAGUAUUAAAACGUUGUCAUGAAAUGACAUUAAAAAAUUAUAAUGAUUCUGGUGAUGAAGAUGAUUUUCGAGAGCUAUUAGAUCCACCAAUAAUAAUAGCAUCAACUAAAUUUCAUUUAAAUAUAACACAUCCUGAUUUUGGACAACAUGGUGUUGAUGAUUUAUUUAGAACACUUGGUCCAGUUGCAAUAUUUUCAGCAAAAAGACAUUGGACAGCACCAAGGCUUAUACAGCUACAACGUGGUCCUGGUGGUGAAGGUUUUGGUUUUAGUGUUAGAGGUGAUGCACCAGUUAUUAUUGCUGCUGUUGAUCAUAAUUCACUUGCUGAUCUAGGAGGAAUGAAAGAGGGUGAUUUUAUUGUUAAUAUUGGUGAUAAAGAUGUUAAAUGGGCAUCACAUGAACAAGUUGUACGAAUGAUUAAAAAAUCUGGUGAUUCAAUUUGUCUUAAACUUGUUACACCAAUGGAUAGAAAUUAUUUAAAGAAACCAAUCAAGUCAAGUCAUCAUGAUAAAGGCAGUGUUUCUGCAAGUAGUUCAUCUGGUGUCUCUUCUGGUCAACCAAGUCCAGCUGGUUCAGUAACAGCAACAUCAAGAUCAAGAACUCACACAAUUCCCUGGAAUCCAUUUAAAAAAACAAAUCCACGAGGUAGUCAGAGGGAUUUGACCUUUGACAAUGUUAUUUUAAGAUAAUUUUUUUAAAUAUUUUUCUUUAAAUAAAUUAUUAAACUAUUUAUAAAUUCAAAAUUUUUUUAAAUAGAAAUUUUAUUUUUCUUUUUUUUUUUAAUUUUUUAAAAUUACAGAAAAUAAUUUCGAUAAUUCUUCAUUUUAUUUGUCAGUCAUAUCUUGAAUUAUUUAGUUUAAAAAAAACACAUAAAAUUGUUUUAUUAAAUUUUAGUUUUAAUAUUUAUUUAAUAUUUUAAAAAUAAGGCUUUUUAUUUUUUUUUUUUUUUUGUCUUUUUAUAUUUUUGUUUUUAUGUACAUAUUUUAAUUUUACUCAAAACGAGUAUGUCAAAUUGGCCAUGAAAAAAAUAAAAUAAAUUAAAAAUUAAAUUUAUUAAAUCACAGAAGGUCAUUUUAUUUUAAAUCGGCAAGAAAAAAAAUACAUUUAAAAUGCCAAAUUUUAAUGUUAAAAAAUUUUUAUCAAUUAUUAUUUUUUUUUUAGUUUUAUCGCGAAUGCAAAUUGAAAAAUUGCACGCAGCCAUGUACACAGAGCCUCGCAAAAGAGUCCUUUUUUUAUUUUUUGCGAAAGUGCCAAGUAAUUAUUAUGAAAUUCUGUAAUUUAAAAAAAAAAAAUAACAAUUUUCUACUGUCCUUAGAAAUAAAAUAUACCUUAUAAACAUAAAAAAAAUUGUAUAUAAUAUUAUUGUAAAAAAAAAAAAUAACAUUAAUCAAUAGUACAUAUUUUUUUUUUAAAUAUUUAAAUGCCCGUGUAUAAUAAUUCUGUAAUCAAAGCAAGUAUACUAUUAGAAAUGUAUGUAAAAUGAAAAAUUAGUGUUUAUUUAAUUUUUUAAAAUUUUUUCUAUCCUCAAGGAUAACGCGUAGUUGUUAUUAUAAUUUAACUUUAAAACUCAUUUUUUUUUUCUUAUUUAAAUAUUGAAAGAUAGAAGGUAAAUGUUGUUACAACAUGAAUAACUCAAACUUGAUAUUAUUAUUGUUAACGUUUAUUUAAAAUUUAUGCUAGAAAAAAAAAAUGAAGAUGAUGAAGAUUAAUUUCAGGACAAUGCACUUUCUUUUAAGGUCAACAGAGAAACUAUAAAUUUUUCUAGAUCAAAUGAAGCUACAUAAUAAUCAUCAUCUAAAAUCAAUUCAUCAACUAAAAAAAAAACAUCCCGUAACAAAAUGAAUGAAGUUUCUAAACAACCUUUUAAAAAUCUAACAGAUUUUCUAAUUAAAAAAAAAUGUUUAAUGCACUUUUUGUGGUUUAGAUCUUUAAAUAAUAAUUGAUCUUAGAAAAAAAAAAAAAAAGGAUAACA